AAGGACGUAGCUCUGAAACCUCAGGAACGUGUGGAGAAGCGACAGAACCCUCUGGCCAAGAAGAAACGGGAGGCACUUACCAAUGGGCUGUCGUACCUUCCCAAAAAGAACAGGCUCCACCACCACCAGUACAGCUCCGACCGGGAAAAUGACCGUAACCUGUGCCAGCACCUGGGCAAAAGGAAGAAACUCCCCAAGGGCCUCAGACAGCUCAAGCCAGGUCAGAACAGCUGCCGAGACAGCGACAGUGAGAGCGCGAGCGGGGAGUCCAAGGGUUUCCAUCGAAGUAGCUCCCGGGAGAGACUCAGCGACAGCUCAGCUCCUUCCAGCUUGGGAACAGGCUACUUUAGAAAGAGCCAGAGCUCCUUCAUCACAACCCCUGCUCCUGGAUCACAGCUACCAAGAAGUAGCUGGAAGGUGCAAGCAUGCUGA